CGUUGAUCCAAAAUUAGCUCAAGCUGGUGUUUGUAUUGCCCAGUAUUUCCUUUUGACCGUUCGGUGCAGUGAUCUAAUGGAUACUAACGAUUAAAACCCCCAACAUGAGAAUUGUAUCAGGGAGCACAGAGAAAGACACUCGCUCUGAAAGUCCCACGAAUACCGAGAUCCAGCAUCUAACGAUCGAAAAAGGCAAAACUGCAGUGCUCGAGGCUCAAGAAAUUGAUACGUCGUCGCCCGACACAGAAUUCAUUUGGACAAGAAAUGGAGCUCCCUUGGAAAACGACAACCGUAGCAACGUGAACAUAACGGGAAGUAACGUGCAGCUAAUAUUGGACAACGUGCAGAAAAAAGACUCGGGAAUUUACACACUCAAUGCGCGAUCAACGAAAGGACUCUACUCAAAAACGUUCGAGCUUCACGUUAACGAAAACGGUCCAGACGAGCCACCCUUAUUCCUAAGAAAGCUAAACGACCUAUCGGUCAAAGUGGGCACGAGAGGGAGAUUUCUUGUCGAAAUCAAGAGCUCGACGGAUCUAACGAUUGAAUGGUUACAUAACGACCUACAAGUUGUAGAAGGCGAAAGGUUCAAAUUUUUAAGCGAAGGGGACUAUUAUUGCGUCGAUGUCAGCUCGGUAGUUCCACAAGAUGCCGGAAUUUGGAGCUGCAACGCGUACAACCUCGGCGGACAGGCUACGAGCUCGUGCCAUCUUAACAUUCUCAUACCAAAAAUAUACAAGGCGCCGAGUUUUCUCGAAGAAUUGCGCGCGCUUCUAACCGACCAGGGAACCGUAUCGCUGGAGUGCAAGGUUGUGGGCGUACCGACGCCUGCGUUGCGGUGGUUUAAGGAUGGGAACGAAAUUAAGCCCGGCGAUAUUUUCGCACUUUCUGCCAAUGCGAAUGAUCCCACCUCUCUUGGUACCUACAUCUGCGAGGCCACAAACUGUAUGGGAAAAGCGUACUCCAGCUCAAAGGUUCACGUUUCCGCCGACCAAAACGUGCAAGAAGGUGCACUCGCCACUGGGACACCGCCAACAUUUUUGGAACACCUGAAAGACUUUCAAAUCAAAAUUGGGGACCCUCUAACUUUGAGUUGUCAAGUUCUCGUGCCCCCUUGGCCUACAGCGAUUCAGUGGUACAACUCAGGAGGGCGCGUUGAAGAUGAAGAACCCCAGAGUCGGUAUAAGAAGGCCAGUGACGGACUAGGAAAGUUCAUGAUCGAAGUGAAACCCACCGAGGCUGUCGAUAACGGCGAAUGGAAGUGCGUCGCUUCAAACGCAGACGGUGGCACUUCCGUUUCCAAAUGCGAGGUUAAAAUGACAAUACCCAAACGUUUCCGAAAACCUCGUUUUAUGGACAGCCUGAAAGCUGUUUUAACCGAAGAAGGCUUGGUGUCAUUCGAAUGUAAGGUGGUCGGUUCGCCAACUCCUCUACUGUUGUGGUAUAAAGAUGGGCAAGAAUUGAAACCUGGGGACGUGUACCAAUUGACCGGCACGAACUCUCUGGGAUGUUACUGUUGCAUUGCUCGAAAUUGCAUGGGCGAAGCUAGGAGCAUGGCGGAACUCACGAUUGAGGACAUUCAAAAUCAGCUGAACGACGAUGAAAAAAUGCAACUGCUCUCUAAAAGUCAAGCUCCUAAAUUCGUUCAAGGUUUGAAAAGUUGCGAGGCGAAGAUUAACGACCACUUACGCUUCACUGUGCAAGUGAGUACUUCGCCUUUGCCCACGCUGUUUUGGUUUCGCGAUGAUCGUCCGGUAGUGGAAAAUGAGCUGGAACGUUACAAUGUGUUGAAGGAGAACUUCGGAAUUUGUCACCUGGAUAUUGCAAGGUUGGAAUUUGUGGACCAAGCCGAGUGGAAGUGCGUGGCCACUAACGAUUACGGGCAGUCCGUCACGUCCUCCUUCCUAAAGCUCAUAGUGCCCAAGCAUUACAAAAUGCCGAAGUUUCUGGAACCACUCAGGGCGGUGCUAUCGGAAGAGGGGGCUGUGAAUUUGGAAUGCAAGGUGAUAGGUGUUCCGCAACCCGUUUUGAAGUGGUACAAAGAUGGGCAAGAGUUAAAACCGGGCGAUAUACACAAAAUCACAUCGGGCGAGGACGGUACCUGCUGUCUCGGCACCUACACCUGUGAGGCGAAGAACUGUAUGGGAACCGUGGCCAGCUCGGCCUCCCUUCUCGGCUUUGAAGAUCAAACCAAGCCCAAGCGCGAGCAGUUGGAGUUGGCACGGCAACCAUCUCUUUCAACGAUUCACGAAGAGCGAACAUCUCAACUGUACGAUACGCCCCAAGAAGACAUCUCGAUCGUCAUGGGAGACCGCGCCGACAUCUCGUUUUCGUUCGACGGCAAAGAGGUGUCGGUUUCUCUGUACGAAACUCCCGAUCUGACGGAGGAAGAAGCAAUUCAGAUUGUGGAAAUGUACGCCGAUCAAUUAUCGGAGCAUGUUUCUGAGCACAGCAUCAUCGAGCUUCCUCCUCUUCGUUUCACCAAGGAAUCCUCCAAUAGUGGCAAUAUGUUGAUUGAAGCCGUUGUGAUCGACGUUUCCGAGGAGUACUUUGCGACCGCCGAAGAGGAUUUGCGUACGGAAAUGGACGUGGAGAAAGCCUUUUCUGUUACCGAGGAGACGUGCGUCGAUGAUUCACAGCCGCCAGUGCGACCACCGCGACGGAAGCUCGACUCGCAAAGGACCAACACCUACUACAGUCUUUCUAAAAAUGACUCAAUUGAGUCUGACGUAUGUGAGGGUAGUGUAUCGGAACAAGUUGAUUUGGACAGUCGGUACGAAAGCGCCAAGUACUCAAUGUCUGAAGCCACCAGCUUAACUGAAGACGUGGAUAUGCAAAGACAGCCGUUGUCUCCACAAACAACUCACGAGAUAGGUUCCGAUUUGCGAGUGAAUAAACUUCACACCCGAGAAGAAGCGGAGCAGACGCCAGUCGUCGACGUUACGUUUAAAGAUGAAGUCGAGAGAAAGAUUUUGAGCUUGGACGUUCAGGGCGAAGAAGGCGAUGGUUUACGAGCCGAACAAAAUGCUAAACUGAGAUGCGCCGUACUGCGAGAAAAGGAAGUCGAAAUUUGCAAGUCAUUGCAAGAGCACCUGCGAUAUGUGCUGGAUGCGUUGCAGGAAAUUCGGAAAGAUCACUCGGGUCUCAAAACCAGCUCUACCAAGAGUUUGGAAAUAAUUGGUAGCAUUACCCAACCGAUCGAAGACAUACGGACAUGUCUCAGUGCUUGGUUCGAAAAUACAGACAGUAGUUUGUCACUGAUCGAGUUGAUAGCGCCAUCUAUAUUUGACACGCAAAAGCAUUUGAAGCUGAUCGAGAAAUGUUUGGAAAUCCAAGGAAAAGAGCAUACAUUAAUUCAGCGUACCUGCAGUAGCAUACGCAAUAAUAUUCGUGGUGAUAUGAUCGAAAGCUUGAAGUUGGUGGAAAAUAUUACCUUGCUGGAGAAGGAGCAGUACAGAACUGGAUCUGCCAAUUUCUCUCUGUCAGCUAAGUUGGUGAGUGAGGUUGUGACAACUUUGGAAGAAAUGCAGCAUGAUCUACGUUUUCCGCUUAAAAAGGAAGACUUUUCUGACAGUACGACCUCGCUGGGGGAUAAAGAGGCAGUCCCCGAUAGCAACACGGCCCAAGGCAUAGUUCAAAGGCUAUCGAAUGUUGUGUACCAAAUCCACAACGAACUGCAAAACGUUACCGCUGAAAUUCAAAGGCAAGAUUCGCAUCCAACGGCGUCGACUGUGCGCGGUAUGAUACUAGAACGGCUUCCCGUACACGUAGAGAAACUUUCCGAUGAAAUGCAGAUCAUCACCAAACGCGCCUCGCGUCCGUCCAUACGCCAAAAGUCGAUAAUUCAGGAAAUCUGCAUAGCGCUAACCGAUCAGUUAAUCAAUCCCGUGUUUGAUCUAAUUAAAAACAUGGAUACGAUGAAGCAGAAAACAAUCACCGAUCAGCAUUUGGCCGACAUAUCCAUUCUGAAACCCUUCACGACUCCAGUGGAAGAAAUCCUAGUAUGUCUUGACAAGAUACAAACCAACAUUCCUGCAUCCGAAGCGGACACGACUGAAACCGACGCUACCUCGUUACCUACCGAAGACAUCGUCAAGGAUAUCUUGGAACACCUGACGAACAUUGUCGUACAAAACAUGUCUCGAUCUCUCGACGAGCUUUUGUGGAAUAUUGAAGAUGUACAGAAACAAACCCUCGAUCCUGCAAUCCUGGGCGUGUUGCGCGAACUGACAAGCUUGCAGAAUGAAUUUUGCAUGACGCUCAAGAAGGCGCACUUGAUUAAGACGGAGAACGCCCUGUCCUCGCUGGACACACUGUCACGUCCGAUCGACCUGCUUAAUAGCAGAAUUUUAGACUUGGCCACCAACCAAACGGUAGACGCCUUGGACGACUUAAUUGCCGACCUAGGUAUUCUGGAGGAGAGCAUUAAUGUCGACAAGCAAGCGCUGGAUGAGGAGUCGACCUUUUACAAUCACCUCCUCUUGGUGAAGGCGCGAGCGCACGAGAUUAAGGAGAGCAUUAGAGAAAUGACGGGCAGCGUGGCACAUGCGCCAAAGCAACGUUUGAAAUCGAUCACGGAGGACAGCUUUAUCAGGCACCAAAUUGCUCCCGGGGAUAUUAUCGAGGAAGAGCUGGCGGAGGCACCGAGGUUUUACGAGGAGAUCAAAAGGAAUAUUGUCGCCGUGAAAAAUUUGCCUACUGCUCAACCUGUGCUCGAGCUAGAGAAAUCGCUCACCGCUUUAGAAGAAUCUACCGACAAAGUGAUCCUGCAAAAUGCAUCAGAGGUGAUCAGUUGCAUAGAGAAACUGAAAGAGACCACGGGCGGUGAGCACCUCGUGGACACAUUCGACCUCGAGGUGUCGGACGAAAUGUCUAGGUGUUUAGUAAAGCUUCACGAUAGCAUUUCGGAAGUGCAGCAGUUGAAAGCGCGACGAGUAAAGGUGUUUGACGCGCUUGCGGCGAGAAUGCGUCAAGUGAAAGCGAAAGUCGCACCCUCCGCGAGCUUAGAUGAGUCUUUCGGGAAUCUCUUCGAAAUCAUCGCUGCCGAAUCGGUGAAUUGCGAUGUCACCAAUUCUGAGUUGGAUGUCUUGGACUCACUCGCUUUGCUAAUUCAGGCUUUGUCCGAUGGGGGGCCUGAGGAGUUUGUAGCCAAUGUGGACGAGGCGUUAGCAAAUGUAGAUACGCUGACUCCAACUGUUAGUGCGGUUAAAUCCUGUUUGAGUGGGACGAAGGCGGCAAUGAGUGAGCACUUACGGUCAACUGCCCUACUCAAAUUCCCAUACGUGCCGGUUUACAAAGCGCUAAAAUCUCUGGAGAAGACGGCGACGCUUCUGGGACACUUUGCAGUGCCUGAGUCGUUCUUGAAUCGACUGCAGAGUGGUUUAAAGGAUGCUAAGGUAAUUGUUAAGAAGUACCGCGAUUGCAAUUUAAAAGAGGAAGAAGCUGCGUUGGUAAACAAUGCCGUUGCGAAUUUGACCAAUAUAUCCAAGCACGUAGAGAAAGCGUCAAAGGUCCAAGAGGAGACAAGCGAAGAGUUGCCUUUGGGCAUUCUAGAAAAGGCGAAGUCUUGCAUACAAUCAUUUCAAGGAGAUGUCAGUCAGUUAGCCACUUCCAAUAUCAGUGAGAUUGCAACUAGGUUAGGUUGCGUUCAAUUGGAGCUGGGUCGCAUAUUUGAUUCACUGCCACUAGGCGAGGUUGAUCACUCACUUCCAAAUUUGUCCCAGUUAACUGAGAACUUAGAUAAGUACAAGAUUAAUCUGAAGAAUGUUGACCUUCUUCACGCGAUUGAAGACCUACAGUACUCGAUUCGUGAGCCCAUAUCAACACUGGGAGCGGUCAAGGUGAAUGCAAAUGACAGGGGGUGCAUUGAUGCAGUUACUCAGUAUUUAACUACGCUAUCGACUUGCCUUGAAUCCGUCGGCGAGGUCCGCGAAUUGAAAAACGUUCAGAGCAAAAUGCUGGAGUUGGUCGAGGGUAUGCCAAGGGAAUCGCUUUGUUAUCCACUUCUACAACCACUACCUCCAGUGUGUGCCAAAGUGAGUAGUCUACUCGAAAGUGCCGCGCCAAUACCGUGCGCCUCAAAGUUGGAGGAAUUACGUGAAAAAUUCGAAAAUUUGGUUCCCGUAUCAGAUUCAAGUCUUCAAAGCACACUUUCAACUCUAAUACACAACCUUACUCAAAAAGGGCAACUAUCUGAAAAAGAAGAAAUCUGUGUUGAUCACACUAAUACAUUUUUAAACACUUUCUCUACCUGUCUUGAAAGGGAAAAUCCGGAGAAAGCGCUUCAAAACCUAAAGGACAAUGUACGGCAGCUUCAGUUCGUACUGGUGGAGGUGCCAGAGGAGUCACCUUUUUGUCCGUUGUUGAGUGUGCUGCCCGAAGCUUGUGAAAAAGUAUGCGGUGAUCUCGAAGAUCUUCAUCGAGAGUACAAUAAGAUGCAGGAAGUCAUCACCAGCUUAAGUGUUAACCAAAGUGACAAGAUGGAGCGUUACCUCACGACCCUACACGAGUUUGCCCAAACCUUUCCUAAAAUGGGGUUGAUGUGUAUUCGUGCCAGCAAUAAGUUUUCAAGUGCGCUGUCUACGCUUAUUAAUCGGGGAGAAGAGGCCGAUCUAGAAGGUGGGCUAAUGGAGGUGCAGGCUUCCGUGGCGAGCAUUCCAAGUGACUUACGCCCGGUAUUGGAAAGGCUUUGUGAGGCAUCCGUUGCGUUGCUAGAUGAACAAGUUCUAAACAAGACAGUGGAUCGACUUAAAGAGUCACUGGCGUCAGUCAAGGAGGAGACUUUGGCGAAGGCUCUACAGAACCUGCACGUGUCACUCUUGGAGACGCCCAAAGCAUAUGAGGGUGAGAAAGGCUUGCACACUUUUGUGGGUGCAGUAUGUGACUGUGUUCUGGUUACAAAUGAAGAGACCCUCGCUAAUUUAAAAACAGCUCUGCCCCAAAGCUUGACUGACCCAGUGUUAAAGGUGUGCCAAGCCUUGGAAGAAAAGCAAGCCUUACUUAAGACACUUUCUGAUUACGGUACCAAACUACAGGAACAUAAUCAAAUGCUGAGACAGUUCGAGGAGUUUCCGCUGGCGGUAGACUUCGUACACAACUUGGUAAGCGAAGCUCCCUAUGAGAAGCAACGCGUUGUCAAAGCCAACCACGUGUUAGAGCCAUUGUGCGCUUGCUUGGGGUUGCAAUACGUAAACAAAGAGAUGCUCGACACUUUGAAGCACAAAUUAGAAAAUGACUUGAGCCCGCUGGCUCAGUUAUCGGAAAAGUUCGUCGCCGAGGCCCAGUGUAUUGCUGAUGCAAUUGACGAGACUAACAAUCUACACGCGUUACUCGCUCGCCCUCUGUUGAAAGACGAAGCUUUGAGCAAUCUACUACAGAAGUUGCACGUCGCAAUUGAGGACUCUCACAAAUCCUCAUCCACAAGUCAGCUUCAGGCAAACGGUCAAGUUUUACGUAAGUUGCGUAGCUGUAUCGAAUCCGAUCGGCUUCAGAAGGCUUCCGUUAGAGAACUGAGGCACGCUGUAGACCACGUAAAAACCCUGGCCGAAAGUGAAGAAGCGCUCCAAGUUUAUCAACUGGAAGUGGAGGUGUGUCAAAUGCUGGAGAAAAGGCUCAUACCGUCGACUGCAAUUGAAGGACUGGCCGAGAGCGCACAGUGCCUAUCCAAAAACGUUGCACUCGUCCGCGACAUUCAAAUAUUAGAACUGCAAAGGUCCCUGUGCACCCUGCAAACGGCGGCGUACGAUUUAUUAGAUUCGGAUUUAAACCGCGAUGAGGAACGGGUGCUUCUGGAGUCGAGCCGAGCGAUGCGAGAGGUCGACAAGUUCGUUUUGUCGAAAAGCGGCAAGCUCGUGGAAGGGGACGCCAUGCCAAAGGAGGGGCUACUGGAAUUGUUCACGUCUGUACAGAACUCCCUCGGUGAUUACCCUAGCGUGAGCGUAAUUGCCAAUCCGAUCCACAACAUUUCAUUAAUAUUACCCGCCGUUUUGACACAGUUGGAAGGGAAAGAGGAAGAUUUGGUUCGUUCAAGGUUAGUGGAGAAGCUGAGCUUGAUCAGAGAUGCCAUAAUGGCAAGAAGGGAGAGCAGUGUUUUAGUGGCAGAUUUCCGGAGGAAUGCAGAGUGUUCGACUGACCAAGAGGGGUAUUUGCAAUGUGUGCAGGAGUACCUUCAGUGUUUUGCCGAUGGUGGGGGUGCCCGUGAUGAUUUGCUGAGUAAAAUUCGUGAAUUGGCAAAGUCGUCGACAUCUUUGCUAAUUAGCGCUCUACAUGUGCAAUUUGAGGAGGUUGUCGCUGCAAUAUCUACGAUUCAAAACCAAGAGGUUCUCAAGGAAGAAUUGCAGUCGUUGCAAGAUUUAUUGUCGGUCCAUGAGCCUUUCGUACCCGAUAGAUUGCGGCAGUUGUUUGGUAGCGUACGGAAUGUUACAGAGUCACUAAUACCAAGAGCCAGUGGUACCGACAGGGAGUUCUUACAAACGUUACAGCAUUCCCUAAAUGUCAUGAGUACAGUAUUUUUGCAAAAUGGAGAUGUAAACCAACUGGAGCUGGUGCGGGAUGAAGUGAAUGCGCUAACCGUCAGCGAAGAAUCACCAUUCAACACAAUUAGGAAUACUCUGUUAGGUAUACUGACUCAUCCACGUCUCCAUGCCGAAGCGGCUCCAUCAGAAGGAAUCGAGGUUGAAGUGCACCCAAUAAUUCAAGUCCUAGAUAAAACUUUCGAACACAUCGCCGCGACUCUGACUAAAAUUAGCCAGAAAAACAUGACCGAAGAGAAAAUAAACCAAAUCGAAGGUAUACAAAUUUGCAUAACGGAGUUACAGAGCAACUUGCCUUACAUUUCGUACAAAAUUGGCACGUUCAAAGAAGAGGACGAGAUUGCAAUCUUCGUAGGCAACAAAGUCGUGGAAGACCUUAACGUAUACUUAGAAAAACCCCACGACUCGUCAGUGAUUUCCGUUCAGAACAUUGAAGAAAGCAUCGAAGAACUCAACUUGCUCAAGUCAAUCUUGGGCUCCACGUCUCCGGUGCGCAACAUCUUGCAGUCGAUCCAAAAAAUUGCCAAAAGUAUCACGGAGAUAGUUCAACCAAACACCGAGGUCACUCCUAUACAAGCAAUCGCGAUGUCCGUGGAAAAUCUUCAACGGUCUCUGGCGAAAUCCCAACGAUUCGUAAACGACAAGGAGAUGCAAAUGACGAUAACGCAAACGAUUAAGAAUUUAGCAACCCUGCUCGAACAAUGUUUCGACUUGCACCAUCCACUGAGUUCGGAUGAGAUGAACUCCUUGCAAGUCGUCGAGGGAAUUCUAACCGAUCUGAAUGGCCGCCUGCUGGAAGUUGGAGGUCGAAAUAUCAGAGACCUUUCCGAAACAUACGAGAUUCUGCACAAAAUUCGCCCACUCACUGAUAUAGUACCUUUGGUUGAAGGUGUUGUAAAAACCGUCGAAGUGGUUUUGGACAACAGUCUUAAGAUGAGAAAGGCGGAAGUCAUGAAGCAUAUGCAGCCUAUUCAAAGUUUAAUUGCUAAUCUUCAACUGGAGGGGUUAUGUUAUGAUCAGUUGGAGGAGUUCCAGCGAUCGAUUGCAAACGAAUCGGAAGUAAUUACGCAAAUAUCGCCCCAGGAAGCCCGCUUAGUAGAACUAUCAGCACGGAUACUAGAGAGCUUAGUUGCGACGACCAAUGAAAACUUUGAUCACAGUAGCGCCGAGAUCAAAAUCAAUUUGGAUGAACUGGAGCAAAAUCUUGUGAGCCUACCUGGUAAAUCCAGGAUGAUCAAGAUCUUUAGAACGCUUGCACUUGUAGUUAACGACUGCAUGAACGCAAAGUCUGUACAGUUUUCCCAUGCAACAUCUCUCAAUAUCAUUUUAGACUCGCUGCGCGAAUCGUCUGGAAAACUGGGGACCAACCAAGACACGUCACAAACUCAUCAGCUACUUACCAACAUUCAAACUGAGCUGAACUCUUUGGUACCUGACAGUAAAAAUCAUCGAGCGCUUGAAAUGUUAGCUGAAAGUCUUCAAUUGUUGAAUGACAGACCAACCCAAGAUCAGGUCAAGGCCUACUUCGCCAAGGUACACAAUUUGGUAGGCAGUUCUGCCACUGCCAAGGUGGCUAAUUUAAUCGAAAGCUACUGUUGCGCAUAUGUCGGCGCGUUUGAACGGGCCGAGGAAGAAAAGCGAUCGAUUGUGCAGAAUACUCUUGAAGCGCUGCAAAGUUUGAAGGGCAUUCCAAUAAUGGCCGAAAAGUCAGCACAAAUCGAGCUAGUGGUUGAGAGUCUGGGUAAAGUUCCGACGGAGGAAGUGUCAACGGGUGCAAUUGACAUCAUCAGUAGCAUUUGCCAAGAGUUGUCAGGUGAAACUACACCAGUUUCCGUAGUUCGUUCAAAGAUCCAAGAGGGUAUCGUAGAUGCCCCCCUAUUUUUUGAACCGCUUGUCGAGGUUUUUAAGUUUGAUCAAGUAUCUCGCUUGCAGCACUCUCUCGUUACUGUCAAACAACAACUGGUGCAAUGUAAUUUAAAGCAUAUCGCACUUAUAAAUAGACUACAACAGCUACUGGAUCAAAUUCAGUUCAUCGAAGAUGAACUCACUUUCAACGAUUACACUGUAAUCAAUAACUUGGCUACGGUUGUGGAGGAGUUCACAAACAACGGGGUCAGUUUGACCACGUUAAAGCAGUUUCAGGAGAAACUCUCGAAUUUGUUACUGGGGGAGCGUGGAGUUCCGCAAACGGCGGAAAAGUUGCAAGAUGUUGUUCACUUAAUUCAGAAGGUACUGGUCGCCUCCCAAGCGGAAAAAGGUGUGAUUGCGCGAGUUGAGUACUCCGACACCAUGCCAAUAUACUUGCAAAUGGCUCAGUUGCAACUGCCUCUUUGCGCAACUCUGGACGAAGAGAAAGGUGAAGUGAUCAAAGUUGGCCAGGAAGAAGGCGUUGAUGCCAAAUUGAAAGAGGAAUUAAAACAAGAGAAAAUCAAAUUGGUUGAUCAAAAACAAGUUGCGGAUGAUGCAUCAAUAAAACCAGAAACCAGUGCAACUGCUGAAGAAACAAAGGCCGGAGACGUUGUUCGGGAUGAUCAAAGGAAACUAGAUGAUGAUAAAGAGGGAUCUACAAACUUAGUGCAAAGUGGCACUGACAUCACUGAGCUACCUGUUGCUGCAGCAAGUGACGAAACAAGGUUGGUAGAAGUUGAGGGUAAACAGGCGCAACUGGACGAUCGGUCUAAAGAAAAACUAGAAAACGAAGGACAAGAAACUGGCACAACUGUUGCUGCGUCAACUGAAGAUCUGCAAUUGUCUACAUUACCAGAUGAGAAAAUCAAAUUGGCCGAUCAACAAGUUGUGGUUGAUGCACCAAUAAAACCAGAAACCGCUCAACAACCUAUUGCUGCAACUACUGAAGAAACAAAGUUAGACGACGUUGUCCUGGGUGAACUAGUUGAGGAUAAAUCAAAAGAUGACUCUAAACCGCUAGUGCAAGGUGGCACGGAGCAACCUGUUACUGCAGCAAGUGACGAAAUAAAGUUGGUAGAAGUUCACGAGGCGCAACUGGGCGAUCAGACUAAACAAGAACUAAGAAACGAAGAAAAAAAGAAUGAAUCAACUGACACAACUGAAGAUGUGAAGCCAACGACACUACCAGAUGAGAAAAUCAAAUUGGCCGACCAGAAACAAGUUGUGGAUGACACAUCACUAAAACCAGAAAUUGCUCAAUUACUUGGUGCCGCAACUCCUCAAGAAACACAAUUGGAAGACGUGGUCCGGGUGGAUCCAAAGCCACUAGAUGAGGAUAAAUCAAAGGAUGGCUCUAUAGCGCUAGUGCAAAGUGAAGAAGAGAGUGAUGAAAAACAACUCGAUAAUCACGCAUCAAAGGAAUCUUCCAUUCUCGAACAAACAGCAUUCACCAAACCUGAUACGACAAUUGAAGAAAGAAGAUCGGAAGAGAUCAGCCAGAAGGAAUUUGACAACAAGGCUGCUGAACAAAUGAAUGCAGAAGUAGAUACAACAGCUGAAGUCGCACUGGAUCAAUCCGAAAAGGAACGUGAAGAAAGUAAACGUGAGGCUUUCCAGAUGAUAACAAAAAGUGUCGACGAAGUCCUUAAGUUUAUGACGAAUCAGAAUCCUGAGAUGCUAGGUUUACUUGCUAAUCUCCAACAUCCGCUAAAAGCCUUACAGGACGCUUUCCAUGGCGCGAACGGUCAGGAAAUGUUGCCCGAAGAGGUGCCGAUAGUUGAAAGUAUCAGCCACUCGUUACGAUCCACCUUAUCCAUCGCACUUGCCUCUACCUCCAGUUUACGAGUAGAAGACUUUGACGAGCCCUUUACCACCCUUCACAACGCGGUCGUGACGGUUUGCUUGAAAACGUUCCUAACUGAUGGUGCAGCAAUGAGCGAAUCGUUCCUGCAAAAACUCUCGGGGCCGCUUGAAAAUUUAAUCAAGGUCAUCUUCGACCUGAAGAUACAGUCUGCCCAAAACCAGAAAGUUGCAGGUUAUCGGGAAAUUUUAGACCACUCCAUUGUGGUUUUUGAGAGGAUCGAUGCCAAAGAGAAACUGAAAGCACUCGCCGAAUCACUUAGUCGUCUUAAGGACGACAUUAAAGAAGUCUCCGGUUCGAGCCUCCAGAUUGAGUUUAGCCAGCUGAAAGAGUCUGUUCAACUUUGCCGUUCAUCCGUGCAAAUUGAAGCGUUAGGUGCUCUUCAUGACAUUAUUGAAAGCUUCGUGCCAAACUCUCCAAUCGAGAUCAAUGAUUUGCAGUCGUUAUUUGAUGAAAUACGUAAGCUGACAAAGACGGUUGAAGAACAGACGAAUUUAGUUUCACCUGAACUUGUAUCUGAAAUGCAGACCCUUCGCAAACAACUGGAAGGCUUAACCCUUUCAGAUACCGCGCACCAAGGCGUCAUUACAAACUUGUCCCAAGCUGUGGAAGCGCUUCAAAAUAUGAAAACCUUGGAGGAGGUCGAAGAAGUACAGGUGAGAGAUUUGGAGGUUGCCACCAGUAACUUACUAGAGUUGCCGUUGGAAAUUUCGGACAAGAAGAAAGUAGUGGGGCAGUUGAAGUUAGUGACCGUUGCAUUAGAGCAUGAACCGAUUUGUGAAAAAUUGUUACCACCACUUCAAGGUUUGCUGAAAGUGAUUACUGAUACGGAAGCCAAACUGGAAAGGUCAGGUAAACUGGAAGGUGUCUUACUAUCACUUGAAAAUCUUUCAAAGGUAAUGGAAAGCUUCAGCGGUCCAUCUAAAGGGAUUUUAACAAGCUUUCUUGAACUUCGCCAUCCAUUGGAGAGCAUCCAGAGUUAUCCGGCGGAAUUUGAAAAUAAUCUUGAACUUUUGAAUGUUACAUUGUCGGAUCUAAGUGAACAUCCUGAUGAUUUGCAACAGUGCGCGAAGGUAACCGAGGUGCUUCAACAAAUGAGUGGUCACCUUCCUAUACAUGAGGUCUUGGCAAAAGUAAAAAAGCAAACUGAUCUACAACACAAAAAGGAGAAACUGCAACUUCAGGUUGCAUCGCUCAGUAAUGCAAUACGACUUUCCGAGCUUCCAGUUGCGGAGCUAGCGCCACCGUUCCAGGAUUUUGCAAGCCAGUUAACAGGCGAAGAAUUUUGCGCAAUUACGGAAGGCGUAGGCAAUUUGGAAGAGUGCUUCCAGCACUUGUCCACGAGUUUGGAAUCUGGUGAUCUGUCUCGUUUGCGGAACUCGCUCGAUCAUCUUCGCACGGUUUGUCAGUCAAUUCCAUCGGGGUCCCUACCAAUACUAACUUGCCUGAUGGACGCAAUUAACAAAGUGGAAUCUGGAUUCGCAACACAAGCAGCCAAGAGUAAAAAGAAAACCAUUCUGUCGGAGUUAGGAGUGUUAAUGACAACGAUUCAAUCUUCUUCCAACUUCUCCUUGAGGACUCUAAGUCAACCUUUGAACGCGUUGAUUUCAUCUGUAGAAACCAUCGAUGAAGAGAAAAUGAACGUGGAGGAAGUUGUUUUACUGGAAGACCUCCAAGAUCGGGUACAACACGUUAACUUCCCUGAAAAUCCAUCUGCAAACUUGGAGCACUUUGCAAAUUUGCAACCGGUUUUGGAACGAAGUGAGCAUUUGAAUGUCCUGGCAACGCCUCUUCGUGCCUUCGUAGAUUCUGCAACACAAGCCGAAGCAAAGAAGCAAAUGCUGGAAAAGAUCAAGCAACCGAUUACUACUUUACAAAUUAACUUGCCCAAAUUGGAACAACCGCUAAAAGCAUUGCUUCACGUUUUGGACACCACCGACAGUGAGACUCGGCUGGAAUCACUUGGUGCACUACACGACUGUUUGGUUACUGACCAAACCAGUUUUCACGUUGAAAAAUGUCGCGCAAUUCUACUAAAUAUUGACUCAGAACUCGUUGCCCCCCUCAACGCCAUCAUAUCAACUGCAGAAGAGUUAUCACAUAGCAUCCAACAGGACGUGCAAUGCGCCACACUGGCAUUAAAGAAAGAAAUUGCUGCAUUGGAAACGAUCGAGAGUAAAGGCACCAAGGUGCUCAUCACCGAACUACAAGCCCCAUUGGUCGCAUUGGAGAGCGGGCUAAGUUCUACGCAACUGCCGGAUUCUCAAGAACUGAAGGACUUAGAUUGCGCGAUUAAGGGCCUGAAACAAUCUCUGCAGGUCGUCGAGGGUAAAGUAGCAGUGCCCCAGCAAGCUAUGGUGGAAUGCUUAAACAACGUUGGUGUUGCAUCAAACGCUCUCUCCGCCACCCUUAGCGAAGCCGUACUAGUCGAGCCUCUCCAGGUGCUCUCGAGAACCUGCGAGGAAAUUAGCGAACAACAAGCAUCACUAGCAAAUCCUUUGGUGCGCUUGGAAAAGACGAUAGCCCAUUUGCCACAACGGGUUAUGGCGAUUUCCAUUUUGCAGAAGCCGUUACGCGCGUUGCGGGAAGUCUUGCCGCAGUGUGGAAUUGUAAAUGAACUCCUUCAGGAGAGCUUUACAAGCCUGAACGAAGCACUUACGGCCCCGAUCGAAGAGCCACGCGUAACCAAAACGCUUGCCCACUUGAAGACCGUCGCCGAAAAGUUUACUGUGGCCCUUCCAAUGGCACAUCACCCAAUUGUGCAACAUCUAAGCCAUUUGUCGUCCACUAUCGGCGAGGUUCAAAGUAAAAUGCACUUAAAAGAUUCUGUCAGCGGUUUUCAAACGUCUUUCCCCACGUUCGGCCCGCCACUGUUCCAAUUUCUGGCACGCCUAGAUGCAACUGAUGGCGUAAGUGAUGCAGAUCUCGAUGUAUUAAUAGACGUCUUCAGUCGCGCCGACUCUAAAGAUCUUAGGGCUGCCUUAACGAGUGCGUCUGAAAAGUUGUCUCAAGAACUUGUGGAACCGGUACAACUUUUACUUGUCGACCUUCGUGUUGUGGAAGAACAGUUGGGAACUGAGAAGCUGCAAGCGUCCGUACAAAAGUUGCAGAUGGCUUCGGUUGCGUUACAAACUCACGUCGAGAAGUUACAAGGGCCGGUCCGGGCCGGAAUGCUAUCGCUAGCCAGCUUGGUCGAGCUGUUGCAGACUGUCAAAUGUGAUGAAAUCAAAGCGAAUGCCUUGGCGGCACCCUUACAAGAGCUGUCCGUUGCCGUGGCCGAGCUAGGUGAGAUGCUUUUGACUGCGGAGGCAGAAGAAGUGAGUUAUUCUAACGUGGUGCAAGCUACGAAAGCACUGCAAAGUGUAAGUGAGGAACUAAAAGAAAGUUUGCCAAAUUCGGUGCUUUGUACCCUGUCUGACGCGCUGAGUAAGUUAAGUGAAGAGGCACAACUAUCGUCAAGUCUUAAACUUUUGCAACAUCGUGUGCAGGAGGCGAGCAUUUCAGAGGAAGCACUGCCUUUGAUUCAGUUACAGCCCAAUCUGUCCCAGCUUUCGGAGGUGGUGACAUCAGGCUGCGAAAUUAAACCGAUUUUAAUAGUGAAACAGACGAUAACCAAGUUAAGCUCACAAGUGAGCCAUGCCAGUAACAAAGACUUCCGACCGGAACCGAUUUUGGCUACAUUGGAAGAGUUUCGCGAAGAACUGGUGGUUGCUUCUCAAUUGGUCGUGGAUGAGCUUGCGAAAUCCCUCACGGCUGUGAUCGGUGACAUACAAUGUAUACAAAUGGAGAACUUACGUUGCCAGCUGCAUCGGCUACGUAUCCAAACUCAAAAGGUGCCAACGCAAGUGAUUCAUGUGACCAACUUAAAGAUGCCGCUACAAACUUUACAACAAAGCCUCAAAUGUUUCGAAGACGCACAACUUAAGUCGUUGAAGGUCGAUGCUCAAAAGCUAGAACUGAUCAUUGUCGAGUUGCAAAACUCGCCUCAGUCUUCUCAGCUGCUCCAAAUUCAGCAGCCACACAUCCAGCAAGCUUUACAAAGCUUUAAACACUCACUCGAGCGAAUCUCUCUCAACUUGGAUAAAACUCUGCCUCUAACCAGUGAACAUCCAACACCUCAAAUGGCCAAGGUAUCGUCACUCAAAGUUAACGUCAGUGAAGAACUGAGCGCGUCAGUUAUCGAAAUAGUUUCUUACAUUUCUCAGGUGGAAGUUACACCUGAAAACGCACCAAUGGUGUUCAUGCAUUUGCCGUUAGUGAACUUGAUCAAUAAAUUGUUGGAAAUGGAGAUUGUCGAGGUCGAAGACGAUUCGGCGGCAAAGAUGGCCAAUUUUAAAGAGCAAAUUUUCGCGUUAAAAGCCGCUGGCUCGAUUGAAAAUCUGACAACAUCGGCAAAAGAUGCGCUAGAAGUAUGCGCAGUCACGCCCAAAUGUGCUGUACUGUCUGAGGUUUUGAAAUCGUUCAUUUCCACCCUCUCCAGCAUCGAAAAGGUGAUUGGUAACGAGCUUGGAUUGGUAACGGAAGGAUUUCGGAUAGUGCGGUCGCAAAUGAAAGACUUAGAUUCGCUUUCCAAUGACGACGGGUAUUUACUCAAAAGUCUUGUAAAGCCGUUGGAGGCAAUUGAGGGUCAAAUUCCACUAGAAGAGUUCAAGUUGUUUAAGGAAAAGGUGGAAGCAAUUCCAGUGGGUAAGUUGCAAAACCUGGAGGAUUCGAAAUUUUACCCCUCGUGCAAGGCGAUUACUUAUCUCGUUGAAAAGAUUGUUAACAAACCCACGGAGUUUAACACGGUGAAGCACACCCUCCAAACCUUGCAGACUGCCGUUGCACAAACUCUCCACGUGGGGUCUCCAACAGCGCAGGAUGUAUCAGAAGCAAUUUCAAAUCUGGAAACCCCUCUUCGGGGGCUUUUCGCUGCGAGUGUAAACGUGCUUGAAACUCCACUUGCUCAACUAAAUAUCGCCCUGGGCAGCUUGGCCCAGGUAAAAUCGGUUGAGGAUUUCGAAAAGGGCAAAUUGUCAACAGCGGAAGCGCUGAAAGACGUGGAGGUGGUAGGAAAAUUACUGCUCGUCGACUGUUCCCAAAAACCAGACGUGCUUGGUGCCCUAACACCACUUGUGACAACGGUGGGAGAAGUUGCCGACGCUCUCUCCGAAGGUCUCCUGACGGCAGAAGAAAUUCAACAUCUGUUGCUCGAGACUGCGGAUGGUGUUCGAGGAUUAGACGCGCAUCCGGUAAUCGCAGAAGAGGCAAAGGCCACUGCCAAGGUCAUCGAUGGCAUUUUGAGUGCAGAGGAAGAUGUGCUGCGCCAAUUGCGCAAACCUGCAGAAGAAUUGAACGCCGCGGUUCGCAAGUAUGAAGUUGCACCAUUGGAAUUACCAGAGCUUCAACGCGCUUUGGUUUCGUUUAAAUCAGCCGUAGAGGAGGUGAACCUCGCGCAACCGCUCAUGGCAGGCUUGCGCUGCUUGCAAAUGAAUAUUCAGCAAUUAAAAGCGGAGUGCACGGAAAUGGCUCAGAAUCAGCGGGGGAUUCUGAGCGUGUUGAAGUUGGAAGAGCCAUUAGAGUCAUUGGCAUCAGAACAUCACCAAGACGAUGACGUCGAAGUGAGAAACGCAAUCAGAGAGCUAGCAGUUACAGUUGCGAACAUUACUCAUAGCGUUCAAAAGCCGGUAAUUCUGGAGCAGGAAGUGGUAAACCUCCAAAAAGCAGUUGUCGCAACGAAAUCUUCCAUUCAGCACCAUUUGCAAUCGCAUCACCAAGAAAAGGCAGAAAUCGCCGACUUGGGAUGGUCUAAACUUCUCAGUGCUGUUCAGUCGGUCGACGAGUCCUUGGCUGCUCAGAAACUAUCAUCGGCACUGUGCGAAGUGCAAGCUGAACUUGAACGACUCGACGCAUCUUCACCGGUAAUCGGCCAAAUCCAGACAGCUGUGACGGUUUUGAACAGCGUACCUGAGACUAGCGCCGAUGUCUUGUACGAUUUGUGUUUACAAGUUGAAGACUUUCGAAGAUCUCUAACUCUCGUGGGUGAGCAAAAUUUACAACGAGCAGUCAUUUCCUUCAGUGAGUUACUGCGCAAAGCUCUUUUCACCGUAUCGCAACCAGAGGGACUAAAGGCCGACUUGCAGAAUUUGCGUUCGGGCAUUGAGGCACUGAAAAAGGAAGAGUUUCUCCAAAUCCAUCCACAACUGCGGAGCGUUAUCGUUUUGCAAGAUCCCGCGGAGUGUUUACAGGCGCAGCUCUCUGAAGGUGAGCCGAACCAAAACAUUGAACCCGUUCAAAACGCCGUGAAGGAAUUGGCAGCUUGCAUUGCUGGCAUUGCUCAAAAUUCGCAGAGACCUAUGCUGGUAGAAGGAAAAAAGGCCAAUCUGCAACGGGCUGUUAUUGCCACGAGGCACUCAAUUGAGCAUUACUUAACCCCAGAGACCUCCAAAGUUGCUUGGAGUCAAAUGUUGAAUGCUAUUCGGUCAGUUGAGGAAGCGUUUGUGACUCCGGGCGCCGAACAAGUUCUGGGUGCCAUAAAUGAGCUCCAGCGUUUGAACGAUGACGUGCAAUCCAAGCGCGAUAGCCAACUCCUAGUAACAACGGCGGAGAAGGUUUCCGAAAUAAUUCGCCCAUUAAAAGACGUGGGGGUGGCUUUAACAUCGACCGACGCCGUGAAUAAGUCAAUUUUAAACGUGGUGGAAGCGGCGAUUGACGUCCAACAGUUCGGCCCCACCAAGGAUCGUGUUCUCUCGCUAAGCAAGGGGGUUGAAUCGAUACUACAAGACGCUGGACAGUUUGAAAUUUCGCCAGCACUCUCCGAGCCCAUUCAAGAGCUAGUCAUUGCACUUACGAACACCGCGGAGCAAUUGGAGAAGCUACAUGCUAAAUCAGAACGUCACGAUCUGAUCUUAAGCCAACAACUACAGGAGGCGUUAGUUUUACUGGAGGAAAACACGGAAAAUUGGCACGACCUGCAGAAGGCCUGCCAAAAUCUGAAGACCCACUUGACUGUCGUGGAGAAAAACAUUAUCAUCGGCGAAAUGCCCGAUAUAGGCGAAGAGGUGGCCCAAACACUUGGUGCGUUAGGAAAUGCUCUAAGAGACCGCGCUGACACUCUUCGAGGUUUUCCUCGCAAGGAGGAGAUGAUUGUCGUCUUGCCACAUUUAAUCGCGAUGCAAUCAGUCGUAAUUAAGACCAUCCAGGAACCGUCCCAGCUUCAAAUUUUUGAAAGCAUAAGGACACCGCUUGAAGAUUUGAAGGUCGCGCUGGAUGCAGCCGUUAACCUCGGCGAGGAAACUGUGUACCCGUUGAGAAGAUUGCAGAAGGAAUUGAAGCAAGAAGUACAAAGCUUCAAGGAGAUGCAGCCAGUUGAGCUUGCAAACUUGUCGCAACCGUUACAGGCGCUCGAGCACAACCUUGCUCCACUAGAGACGCUUGCUGUCGAUCUUCAGGAGGCGUUACAAGUAGUUUUGACCGACGUCGGUGCUUUGCGAAGGGCAGCUGUAAUUUCAGACGCGGUAGAAGACGAACUUUCAAAAUUAAAGACUGACGUUGGUACCGUAAUUGGCCUUGCAAAGAACGAACUCAUCGUUGAGCCCUUACAGAACGUCCUGGCUUCAAUUUCCUCAGUGGAAACCAAGCGCUUAGACUCACUGAAACAGCCGAUAAUUCAGCUUAAAUCCGAUAUAAAGGCAAUGCGCACUCACACUCAGCACUUAGACCGAUUUGCCGAAGAGGGACUGCUCUCGCUUUCCGAUUUAAUUGAACCGCUCGAGUUAAUAGAAGCAAAAGAUUUGAGGAACUUGGAAAGACCCCUGAAACAGUUAUCGGUGGCCGUCACGAACGUUCUCCAAAAACCUAGCGUGCUCAAAUUGGAACUGCCCAAACUCAAUAAAGGGCUUGAGCUGUUGAAAUCCAGUCUUGUUAAAAUGGCAGUUGACACCACCGAAAAGCGGGCGACGGUAACCGCAGUUAAACCUCUCGAUGCACUGUCAGCGAUAGUAACGAAGGUGGAGGAGGCGAUUCAGUCAGCUGGCGUUCUCCAAAGCUCCAUCGAAAGAUUGCAAACGUCCGUGUCAUCGGUUCAGAAGCAUCUUUUGCAAACGUCCCAUCCUCCCUUGGCGAAAUUGGCAAGCUCGCUGGAAACGUUCGGCGCUAAUUUAACACAAGUCAAACACACUAACAUCGCUAACUCUGCAGACGUGUCAGAUUCGUUAACGCAUUUGGCAAACGUUUUGGAGAAGAUUCCAAGUGCCGAUGUCCUUCAUCUUCACCACGACGACCUAGCUCUGGGAAUAGCCGCGGUCUCUACAUCAAUUGGCGAGGAAAACGAUUUGCAACACUUACAGGUCAACCUGGAUCGUAUUAAGGGAGAUUUGUGUGUGAUCAGCACUGUGGAAAAACAGCUCGAGAUUCUUCGAGGAAAUGUCGAGAAUUUGCGUGAUGUCAAAAUUGAAAACCUGGAAAAACCGUUGAAUGCCCUCGAGAGCGUUGUUGAAAGCGUGGUAUUACCAGAGUGCAGGCACGUUUCUGGAGCUACACUUGAAGAAAUAGCCAAGUGCGUCAGUGACGUCCACGCUACCAUUCCCGAUAUGUCAGAACUCACAAAAACCAAAGCACUCAAAGCGGCCCAGGCUCUCAAAGUUAUGUCGGAGAAAAUUGCACAAAUUUCGGCCGAAACGCCUGCGUUCGCGGUUGUGGCUGAACCGAUAAACGCGUUACUAAAAACCGUGGAGGAAAUCAAAGACAAACCUAGGCAAGACUUGUUAGUGGUGGAGUGUUUAACAAAAGCCAUACAACCAUUGGCGUUACAGUGGAAAGAGGUUGGGCGCACCGUCCCCAAGCAAGCGGAGGUGCAUUGCCAAAGUGUUAGCGACACAUUGCAAAAAUUGGAAAAAGGUCUGGCGGCCAUUAAAGUAAGUGGCGGAGCUAAAGACGUUUCUGAGCGAGAAGGAGAGCUGAUCAAGGCUUUGCAAGGUCCCUUACACGCGGUUCUGCUCGCAAUCAGCGAGAAGGGCGACAAGUCUGAAAUCAACACGGCCAUUACUAAUUUGCAAGAUAAAAUUCUCGCAAUCGCUCCUGUUGCAUCAAAAUCGGAAACUUUCCAAUCGACCGGGAAAUUACUUGAAGAGCUAGUGACACCGCUCGAGUGCAUUAAGAACGUUAAUAGACACGAUGUUGACGUUUUGAACUGCCUUCAAGGUGCGGUUGAAGCAUGUUUGCGGCUUGAGGCCAAGGUCACCCACAAGUUGAACCAACCAUUGGAAAACCUGAAAAAUGUGGUGCUCAGCAUAGAAACCGAGGUUAUCAAGUGUCCGGAUGUCAACCCUGAGCAGGCAACGAAUAUUAGAACCAUCGCGGAACCCUUGCAAAAAUUUUUACUUCUACCACCGAAAAACAAAGGCGAAGUUGGCGAGGCUGCAACGCAACUUACCAAAACCUUAAAGGUGGUUGUUGAUGAAAUGCAAAAUGCCACGAUAUUGACGCCAUUAGUAUCACCCCUGAAGUCGGUGAUGAAUGCUGUGAGUGAUAUCCAAGAGCGUCUAGUAAGUUUGGAUCAAUUGAGAAACUUCCGGCAAACCAUUCUUAAGGUUAUUCCAACGCUUCCAACCGUUGAGGCGGUGUCCAACUUGGAAAGCCCCCUCAUGGGUCUAGAGCACGAAUUGAGCGAUUUGGAAGAAGUCCUCUUAGCUGUUCCGGAAAACUUGGCAGAAAACUUUGCGAGUUUAACCAGCCUCACGGAGCACCUCUGUGAUAACUUGACAGACAGAAGUACCUUAUAUGGUUCCCUCUCCAAUUUGAAGGGUGAGAUGCGUACGCUAACAGUACCAGAUGAUCUAGCCGUUCUUCGUGCUCCGUUCCGGAAUGUGGUCGAAGAAAUUGGGAAAAUCCAACAGAGGCUGGUGCACAGCCCUGUACAAAUUGAUGAAGGUGUUGCGAGGUUGUUGGGCGAGAUUCGAAAUAGUCUCACUGAGAUUGGCAACAACGUGGCUACUCUUCAAAAAGGCGAUACAAAUAAGAAUGAAGAUUAUCAAUUGUCACUUUCGAGCUUUAAGUCUGCAAUAAAGAAAAUUGACGAAAAGGACGUGACUUCAUUCCUUAGCAAAGAAAAGGACUUCCAGAAAAAUCUGGAGACGAUACUGAGGGUUAUUCCCGACAAGAUCUUCUUAGACGUUAUGGCUGACACGAUUUCACUGACUAAUGCAAAGAUCACAGUCUGCUUGGGCACGUCUCCAACGGAAGGAGACUUGGAAACGUACAUGGCUACAGCAACAAAAUUGGGCGGUAACUUAAAUAAAUUGAAGGUGGGAGGCGCUGAAGGAAGUGAAAGGGGCGGAGCGUGUUCACUAGACGUAAGUCGGAUGAGUAGGCCUCUAGAUGUCGUGGCCCAUACAUUUGCCUUCAUUAUGAGCUGCAAUUUAGUUGAGGAUGCUGAAGCACCAGUGAUCGAAGAUGUGGCCAGAAAGAGCCCACCAAAAUCUCCUAAAAUCGAGAGUGAGACAGCCAACGAUGGUAAGGAGCAAAAUGACCUCAAGUCUUCAUCUUCAGCCAAAAUUGAAUCUGUUGAUGCAGAUCAAAAGGUCGAAGCAAAGACUGGCACAGUUCCUGCAACGGACCAACCAGUAAGUGAACUGGCAACGACUAAAGGUAGCAAGAAAAAAGCUGACAAGACUGGAAAGAAAAGUCCGUCACCGCCAAAAGAUUCUGAAACAUUGGAGAAGGCUACAGCCGAUGAACCAGAACAAAAGACGGUUUCCAAAGUUACACCAGAAGAACCAAAGCAUGAAUCCGAAACGACUAGGGGUAGUAAGAAAAAAACUGACAAGGCUAGAAAGAAAAGUCAAUCGCCGCCGAAAGAUUCCAGCAAAACAGAAGAGGACAAAGAUCAGACUAUUUCAAAGGAUCUUCCAGAAGAACCAAAGACAGAUAAAGCGGAUAGUCAAGAAACUGUAGUUCCCCUAACAGACCAGACAAUAAAAGAAGCAACCAAGAAAGAAGUUGAUAAGCUCGGAAAGAAAAGCCCCUCUCCGCCAAAAGACUCCGACAAAACCAUAACUGUCGCUGAAAAGGACCAAAAGUCACGCUCGAAAGUUACUCCCGAAAAAUCAGUUGAAGAAACUGUGGCACCUCCAACGGUCCAGGAAGUAAGUGAACCCGCACCGACUAGGGGUAGUAAGAAAAAGGCUGACAAGGUUGGAAAGAAAAGCCCAUCACCGCCAAAGGAUCCCAGCAAACAAGAAGAGGGGACUAAAACUACUGCUGACAAAGAUCACAAGACUCCUGCAAAGGAUCUUCCAGAAGAACCAAAGACAGAUAAAGCGGAUGGGCAAGAAAGUGUAGUUCCUCCAACGGACCAGACAGUAGACGAAUCUGAAGGAACCAAGAAAAAGGCUGACAAGAUUGGAAAGAAAAGCCCAUCACCGCCAAAAGAUCCCAGCAAACAAGAAGGGGAGACUAAAGCUACUGCUGACAAAGAUUCUGAAAAAUUAGAGAAGGCUACAGCCGCUGAACAAGAACAAAAGACUCUUUCCAAAGUUAUACCAGAAGAACCAAAGCAUGAACCCGAAACGACUAGGGGUAGUAAGAAAAAAACUGACAAGGGUGGAAAGAAAAGCCCAUCACCGCCAAAGGAUCCCAGCAACCAAGAUGCAGAGACUAAGUCUGUAGAUUCAGCUACCGCUGACAAAGAUCAUAAGGCUCCUGCAAAGGAUCUUCCAGAAGAAAGUGUAGUUCCUCCAACGGACGAGACAGUAAACGAAUCUGAAGGAACCAAGAAAAAAGUUGAUAAGAUUGGAAAGAAAAGCCCAUCACCGCCAAAGGAUCCCAGCAAACAAGAAGGGGAGACUAAAGCAACUACUGACAAAGAUCACAAGACUCCAACAAAGAAUAUUCCACAAGAACCAAAGACAGAUAAAUCCGAUGGUCAAGAAAGUGUAGUUCCUCCAACGGACCAGACAGUAAACGCAGCCGAAGCAACCAAAGGUAGCAAGAAAGAAGUUGACAAAAUUGGAAAGAAAAGCCUCUCUCCUUCAAAAGAUUCUGACAAAACAGAAAAGGAAGCUGAUACUGUUGUUACUCCCGAAAAAUCAAAGACUGGUCGUGUUGAAAAUGUGGCUCCAACGAAUCAGGAAGUAAGUGAGCCGGAAACAACUAGGGGUAGUAAGAAAAAAGUUGACAAGAUUGGAAAGAAAAGUCCAUCACCGCCGAAAGAUUCCAGCAAAAGAGAAGAGGAGACUAAAGCUACUGCCGAUAAAGAUCACAAGCCUCCUUCAACGGAUCUUCCAGCAGAACCAAAGAUAGAUAAAGCGGAUGGGAAAGAAAGUGUAGUUCCUCCAACAGACGAGGCAGUAAACGAAGCUGAAGCAACCAAAAGUAGCAAGAAAGAAGUUGACAAGCCUGGAAAGAAAAGCCCCUCUCCGUCAAAAGACUCCGGCAAAACAGAAAAGAAAACCGAGAUUAUUGCUGAAAAAGAUCAACAAUCAGAUUUGAAAGUUACUCCAGAAAAAUUAAAGACUGAUCGUGUUGAAGAAACUGUGGCACCUCCAACUGUCCAGGAAGUAAGUGAUCCCGAAACGACUAGGGGUAGUAAGAAAAAAGCUGACAAGCUUGGAAAGAAAAGCCUCUCUCCGUCAAAAGAUUCUCCCAAGACAGAACAGAAAACUGAGACCAUUGACAUUACUGUCGACCAAGUAAUAAACGAACCCGAAACGACCAUGGAUAGUAAGAAAAAAACGGUCAAAGCUGGAAAGAAAAGCCCAUCGCCGCCAGAAGAGUCUGCGCUUGAACCUGCUACUGAACAAGAUCAAAAGACUGUAGUGCCACCCAUGGAAACCGAAACAACUAAGCCUAGUACGGACAAAUUGAUUAAAACUGAUAAGAAAAGUACAUCUCCGCCCAAGGAAGCUGACGUAACAAAAGAUCCCAGUCAAAUCAAAAGCUUGGAUGACGCAGUCGACAGCAAAAAGGAACAUAAAGCAGAGCCUGAGCCAGGUGAAUUGAAAUCAAAGAAAAAGGUAAGCGAAACCGAUAACAUCAAAAAGAAAAAAUCAACAAAAAGUCCGUCUCCACCGACGGAAGCUCCGAAAUCAGAAAAGAGGCCUAGUGUAGAUAAAGCCGUGGAAGGACCCAAUGUAAUGGAGCAAGAAACGAGUAAAGUAAAAUCAGGUGCAGAUGGAGAGGAGCACGUGGCUAACAAAGCAGAACUCCAGGAGAUUGCGAAAUCAGAUCUCCAGAAGGUUUCCGAAAAAGCAGAUUCGUUACAGGAGAAGACGAGUGUUGUUGAGGAGAAGAAGCCUACAGACAGUAAACAAGAUGAACAGAAGGAGAAGAAGAAAAUUCGCAAGAAGAGUGUAAGCAAAUCUACAUCAGAUGCACAGGCAGAAAAGGCCACUGAAGAAGUCAAAAAAAUAAGUACUGAAAGCGAAAAACCAAUUGCUGAAAAGACUGCGAUGAAGAUCGAAAAAUCGGAAGAGGGUUGUAGCAUCAUUGCAAAAGGCGAAGAAGAAUCAAAAGGUAAUGCGUUGGAAGAAGUUAAGAAGUCUCUUAGUGCGACGAUCAUCGAAAACGGAACAGAGACUGCUGCACCAACAAUUUCUGUGGAAGCGGUUUCAAAAAGCGAACCUCAAAAUUCGUUUAAAAAGCCUUAUUUUAUUACGCACUUAAAAGACCUAAACGCCAGCGACGGAACCCGAAUUAAACUGACCUGUGGAGCGUUAGGGGCCGAUCCUCUGGACGUGAAAUGGUUCAGGAACGGAUCACCGAUUUUCGACAGUGGGAAAUACAAGGUCUACUCUUCGGACAGUCUGUUCACUCUCGAAAUUCUGAACACAACUGUCAGAGACACGGGAGAGUACACUUGCAUUGUGAAUAACAAGUACGGUUAUUGCACCACGAAGGCCGACUUGAAGAUACUCAAAGGUUUUGAGGGGUCAAAUCUACCGCCGACCUUUACUCGUGGCAUUACCGACAGCUACGACGUCGACAAGAACGAGCUGGUACUAGAAUGUCGCGUUAGAGGACAACCGACCCCGACAAUCGCAUGGUUCAAAAAUCGUCUGAAGAUUUGCUCCGGGGAGAAGUACACGGUUAACUAUUUAGCCGACGGGAUCUGCCGGCUACUGAUCAAAAAUCCGGACAAGUCGGACAGCGCGCUGUAUCUCUGCAGGGCUGAAAACGCGGAAUGGCAGGACCAGAUUUCGCACCAGGUCGAGUUUGAGGGUAGCGGAGACGUCGUCGUGAAACACGCGCCAGUGGAAACCGCACGUCCGUACGUUUCCGGUGUGUUGGCGCACAACUUCGUUCCGUCCGGCGGCACUUGGGCUCUGCAAGUGGAGGUUAAGGGCUCCCCAAUGGUGGUCACAUGGUACAAAGACAAGCAGGCGUUACCAAAAUCGUCACCAAGGCAUAAGACCUUCACCGAAUCCGGGGUCUACAGUCUAAUGUUUGAUAAUGCAACCGAUUUGGAUUCGGGGAAAUACAGCUUCACUGCUUCCAACUUUUAUGGUCACAUACAGACGUCAGCCUACCUGCACGUUGUUGACCCAUUUUCGGUUAGAGGCGGGAAGCCUCCCAUAUUUAAGUCGCGACCCGAGAAAGUGUUAUCCGUAAGAGUUGGUGAUGAUAUUGUGGUCUCUUUUAGACUAAGCGGGGAUCCUAAACCAAAAGUUACCUGGAUGAAAGGACUACACGACAUCACGAACGAUUAUCGGACAAUGGGCGAAACGAUCGAUGACUACACGCGACUCACGUUGAAGAGAGUAAGGGAAGAGGAUAUGGGUACCUACUGCGUUCUCGCCAGGAACCGGUACGGCUGUGAUAGAGCAUUUUUCACGGUAGUUUUAAGGGAACGAGCCUCGUCCGUCGAACGGCAAAGUCCUCACGACAUUCUGCAAAAUAUCGCCAAUUACUACGAGCGUCGUUACUUCACAGAUGUACCCGGGCGACUUUUUGGAGACCCAGUCGUGACUAACAGCGGACGUAAUUGGUUAUCAUUAUCUUGGAACAAGCCCCAACACAAAGGAGCCGCCCCGGUCUUGUCGUACAGAGUUGACUUGUGGCUACCAGGCGGAGAAGGCGCCCGUUGGAAGCAGCUCGGGGAGACGGUCAGCACCAAUUUUGACGUGUUUAAUCUAAAUCCAGAUGGAGAGUAUCAGUUUAGAAUAACGCCUAGGAACCGCUACGGAUGGGGGGAGUCGGUGCAAACGUGUCCGAUUACCAUAGAAGAUUGCGCCGAGUUUCCAGAGUUUGUCAAAAAUUUACCGGGGCACGUGAAAGGUUUGGAGGGGUACGAUAUCGUACUGCAGUGUGAGAUUUGCGAGGAGCAAGAUAUCAGCAUGCGCUGGUGUCGCAAUGGAAAGGAAAUCAAGUUUCGCGAAGAGGAAAGGUACAGCACCACCUAUGAAGGUGACGUCUGCACUUUGACGAUAUCUAAUCUGCAAAUGAGUGAUUCCGGUUGCUUCAUGUGUGAAGCGGCCAACAAAGUAGGACGAGCUUCAACCUUCACUCGCCUCUACGUCGUGAACGAUCCCAAAAUUCUGAAAGCGGACACCGAUCUGAAAUUUCUGCAGGUCAAUGUGCCAACUGCCGAAGCACCUCCGCAAUUUCUGAUGAGGCUGCGCGAUCGACGAGUUGAAGUAUCGUUUCCAGUUCGUCUUUCUUGCCAAAUCGGCGGUUUUCCGAUCCCUACAAUCGAGUGGUCUAGAGACGGGCGCAAGGUCUUCGAAGACCAUCGGCAUAAAUUCUUACAGGAUGACCAAUUCUGCACCUUGGAGAUUGAUAAGACCAUUUUGGACGACUCCGGAACGUACAGCGUUACGGCUCGAAAUCUCUUCGGCUCAGUCUCCUGCCACUGCAAGUUAAUUGUCGAUAAAGGAAUUCACGACUACGUCCCCCCCGAAUUCUUAGCUAAGUUUGAGCCCGACGUGAUUAAGGUAUUGGAAGGGAAAGAGUUACGCUUAGAAGUUAGGGUCAGAGCAUAUCCGGCGGUUACGGUUCUUUGGUACAGAAAUGGGACUCGCCUGCGACCGAACCGCAAGACCCGCAUGUCGUUAGCACACGACGGUCGAAUUUCGUUGGUUCUCAAGGAAGCAAGCGCGGAAGAUGGCGGCGUUUAUACUUGCAUAUGUACCAAUGAGGUGGGCAGAACGGAAACCGAUGUCAAAGUUGAAAUUUUGCAAAGGGAAGAAGGUGUACCUAACGGCUUACAUAUCGAAAGAUUAGAAAACAUUCCAUAUUCAAAGGAGCCAAAGUUCUUGGUGAAGCCAAGAUCGUCAGAUGCAUUUGAGGGAGAUAAUGUGAUUAUAUGCUGUGAAGUUAUAGGGGAUCCGAAACCGGAGGUGAUAUGGUUGAGAGAUUUUCUUAAGCCCGAUUAUUAUAAGGACUCCCCUCAUUUCCAUAGAAUUGGAGAAGGACCCGAGUAUCGUCUUGAAAUACCCGACGCCAAACUUGAUUAUACCGGCACAUACACGGUGAUUGCUAAAAAUUGUUAUGGCGAGGCCAAAGCAAUUAUUUCGCUACAAAUUAAGGCUCGAGGUAUAGACAAAUUCAACGACUUUAAGGGCCAGAAAAUAUUUGGGAGAGUUCAAACCAUUCCAAAGAUCGUGAGAGAGCUGUGCGACAUUAGAUGCUGUGACGGAGAUUCGGUGACACUCGAAUGCGAAGUCGAAGAAUCUUUCUCUCAGGACGUCCGUUGGGAAAAGUGCAAUAAGUUGGUACGUUUGGGAGAAGAUUUCCUAUCCGAAUUAGAGGGAUGCGUUGCAAAAUUGGUGAUUAAAAAAGUCUACCCAGAAGAUGAGGGUGAAUACACAUGCGUUGUUUACAACGAACUGGGUGAAGCACGAACGUCCGCGUGCCUUUUAGUUGACGUUCCGGAAGAAAAGGACAACCUUCUCACCGAAGCGUUAUCUAGACCUCCGGGUGCGUCGUCGCUCAGUGUGCCACGCUCGAGAUCAUCUCACAGUGUCUCCCCAGGUGCUUAUAGUACGCGAAGUUCCAGCGUGGGUAGAUCGUUUAGAGAGGCGCCUCCGAAGUUUUACGCGGUUCCUCACAAUCGAAUAGCAGAAGAAGGCGAGACAGUUAGAUUUCGUUGCUCAAUCGCCGGACAUCCCGAGCCUUGGACUACUUGGACCAAAGAUGGCGUGCCAGUCGGUGCGUCGCCGCGUGUGACCAUUCGAGAGCAGGGCGAUUUGAGGAUAUUGGAAAUAUCCGACGUAACUCUUCAAGAUUCGGGGUUGUACUGUGUCACUUUGGAGAACAGCUUGGGGCAAGUGCAUGCGAACGCCCGCUUGGAUGUCAGCUCGUACAAGAAGUACCUAAGAUCUGCUCUACGCGCGAGAAGAGCCUCUCCCAAUCCAAGCUAUAGUAGGACAUUUUACGGUAAUGACACCAACUAUGGCACGUACAGCAGACCGGAGAGGUCGCCUUAUUCGGGAUCGUACAUUCCUGGCGCGCGGUGGUGCGGUUACUUUGUGAGUAAUUGUGAGUGUAAAGAAAUGGGAACCGCUCUGAGGUUUACCAAGGGGUUGCCGUCGGUUAUCAAGCCUCUAGAAAGUCAGUACGUAAGCUUAGAGGCGAGAGUGUUGGGUGUACCUCCAUAUAGCGCCUCUUGGUAUAAGGACGGUCAACUGCUGCCCAACUGCAAAGACUUCGACCAAUCAGUUUCAGAUGAUGGAAGUAUUACUCUGAACAUAAACGACAUAUUUGUCGAAGAUUCGGGCCUGUACAGAUGUGAAGUGAAAGACCAAUUUGGACAAAUUGCAACUGAAUCGUAUAUUUUUGUACAGGGUGGCGAAAGUGCCCCGCCAAUCUCAUUCGUAAAAGCUCCUUCACUUGCAACCGUAGCUUGCGGCGAAACAGCAAAGUUUUAUGCCCAAGCCCGAGCUGAGAACAACGCCGAAGUACAUUACACUUGGGAACUCAACAAUUUUCAAAUUGAGUCGUCCGAAAAAUAUUUGGUGGAAGUUAAGGAUGACGUUAGUAUUUUACACAUCUUCAACGUGACACAGCCCGAUAGCGGCCAAGUGUGCUGCAGUGCCGAGAUCGCGACGGAAGAAAUCAGUCCGCAUUCUUCACAAUCGCCGAAAGAAAACUCGUUUUCGUGCGCUGAUAAAGGAAAUAAUGCUCUUCGCGUUAUAAGCCACACGGCCGAACUUAAGGUGAUCUCCGAUUGUAGUUUUGAGAGUGAAGGUAAUGACAGCGGUGCGUGUGAUUUAAUGUCGAUCAAUUCCGCGACGAGCGGAAAUAUGUUGGAAAUUCAAGAAACGGCGGCGAGUCUUUUAAAGGGACCGAAAGACACAAAUGCGUCGGUGGGUGACCGUGUCCUUCUCAAGGCCACCUAUAUAGGUGAACCAGAACCGUCGAUCACAUGGAAUAAAGCGGGCAAGAUACUGACGAACAGUGACCGCGUUUGGAUUACCUCAGGAGAUGGGAUGACGUGUUUACUUCUUGAAAAUAUAACAACGCACGACAGUGGAAAAUAUGGAGUCCGUGUCGAGAAUAGUUACGGUUCCGAUAUCCUGUACGCAUCACUUUCUGUCGAAGGACCUCCAGAUCCGCCACAAGGCAAACCCAAUGUUGUCGCAGAGGCAGAUUGUGCAGUGAUAACGUGGAGUAGUUCGCCGUACGACGGCGGUAGCAUUAUCACUGGUUACGCGCUCGAGUACAAUAAAAAUGGGGACAAUGAUUGGAUUACGGCAGCAGACAAUUGUCAUACCUUUAAUUAUACUCUGAAUGGACUUGAAUCGGAUUCGUGGUACACGUUCCGUGUACGUGCAAUCAACGUUCAUGGUCCAAGCCUACCCAGCCCAAUAUCGGAUCAAAUUCGAUCAGUUGAUACUGCAGUUGUUGCAUUCGAACCUCACACGCUCUUCCAUUCCACUUACGAGAUUUUAGAAGAAAUUGGAAAAGGAAGAUAUGGUGUCGUUCACAAAGUUGCUCAUAAAACAACCGGUUGUCACUCGGCAGCGAAAAUUGUACGUUGCAGAACAGCCAAAGAUAAGAAAAAGGUUCAAGAUGAGAUCGACAUUAUGAAUUUAAUUCGACAUCCCAAACUACUUCAACUUUUAGCAGCGUACCAAAGUCAAAGAGAGAUGGUAUUACUGAUGGAAUACAUUUCAGGGGGUGAGCUUUUUGAGCGAGUUGUAGCUGACGACUUCACCCUCACAGAACGCGACUGUAUACUAUUCAUGCGGCAAAUUUGCGAAGGCGUCGCUUAUAUGCACCAACAAAACAUCGUACAUCUAGACUUGAAACCCGAAAACAUCAUGUGCAGCACGAGAACAUCGCACGAGAUUAAGAUAAUCGAUUUCGGACUGGCGCAAAGACUGAAUCCUCAAAUUCCGAUUCGAGUCCUAUUUGGAACUCCGGAAUUUGUCUCGCCCGAAAUCAUAAAUUAUGAGCCGAUCGGAACGAAUUCUGACAUGUGGUCUAUUGGGAUCAUUUGCUACGUUCUGUUAUCUGGACUAUCGCCGUUUAUGGGCGACAAUGACGCGGAAACGUUCGCCAACAUCACGAGGGCCGACUACGACUUUAACGACGAAGCUUUUGAUACCGUCAGUCAAAAUGCCAGAGAUUUUAUUGGGGCCUUACUUGUGAAAAAGAAAGAAAAUCGACUGUCGGCUGAAGAGUGUCUUAAGCACACUUGGUUAGAUCCGGAAAGGCAUCAAACGACUGUAGUUCUCUGCAAAGAAAAGUUGAAGAAGUUUAUCAUCAGAAGAAAGUGGCAAAAAACUGGCAACGCGAUUCGUGCUGUUGGUAGAAUGACGAACUUGUACGUAAACCGACGCAAUUCUUCCUCGCAAGUUAUCGCCGACGUCAGGAAGGCCAACAUGACGUCAAAAUCGCUAAGUUUAGACAGCGAAAAAUCCAGUUACAAAUACAACGACAGUGAAGAUUUACACGAUUUAAUUGUGAGAGAUGUACAUAGCUUUGUCGAAGAUUCAAAUCUUGCCGAAAACGAUGCGAAUGGCGUUGAUGAAGUUGAUAAUGCGGAAUUUGACGCGGAGGAACUUGGCAAUGCCAAUGACGAUGAUAUCCAGCCAUCGAUUGUAAAUGAUGAAGUAACAGAAACUGAGAGAAACAUCACCAAGGAUAUUAACUCAAAUAACCAGACUUUAAGUGAUAGCUGGAAGAUAAGACAUAAUGGAAAAUCCCAGCUUAAUAGCGUGCAUGAUAAAUGCUGUCAGUUUGAAACACAAGUUAGUGAAGGCAAAAAAGGAAAACUACAAACUACGACGAACGGCUUAAGAAGUAAGACUGCCUCGACCUCUGUAGCAAGCAUGGUACAGAAAUUUGACUUGCUAGGAAAAUCAUCCCCGUACAAUACAACUCCAAAAAUUGUGUUACCAAAAUAAUCGAAUUAUUUUCGUACUCGUAAUUGUGAUAAAAGCAAAAGCUCAGAUUUAAUUAAAAAAAAGGAGAUUAAAAUCUGCAUAAUAAGUAUAUAUUGUAUAUUUUUUGUGUUGUAGAACUUUAUUUUGUUUAUCAAUUUUAAUGCCGUUUGAGGUAGGAUUUUCUAUGAAAAAUCGUGUAAAAAAUAAUGCAAUGAGUUUACUAAAUUUGUUAAACUUGUAAUUUAUUAGUUUUUAAUAUGGGAGCCUACUGCUAUUUUAGUAGCUCAUAUAUUUGCGAGACUGCAUCAAUAAAUGUGAACUGCAUUAGGAACUAAUGUAUCGAAUUUUUAUGUAUAAUAUGUAACCUAAAUAUAGCAUUGCAGUAAA